AUGAGCAGAAGAAACUCUCUUGAAAAAAUUCCGCAAUCAGCUCAUUCAGCUAGAAAUUAAGGUCGAGGCCUUAAUAUUAUAGAUUUUCUUACAAAACAGAACUUUCAAGACAAAGCUCCAUCCACAAUUUUAUUCUCGGAUGAAGUAAAUAAACUUAAAUCGUGCGAUAUGUGUUUAUAAUUAUAAAAUGAACUUGAUUAACAUGUUAAAUCAGAUAGAUUUUAAUAAGUUAUAGAGAAAUUAUGGCAAAAGUUUAGAAAAAUUGAAGAUGAGAAUCAAAAAGUGUUAAUAAAAGUAGGCAAUCUAGAAAGAUCACUAAUUGAAUAAUAGGAACUCUUACAGGCAUUUAAUAGUUAAUUUAUUAGCAAGUAUGGAUUAGAGAAACCUUAGUAAUAAUAUAACUACGCCACUUUAGAUCAGGAGUAACUUGAUAGAUUGGAGAGGAAGAUUUCCAAGGAUGCAUAAAAGGGAAUCAAAAAUAUAGAAGACAAUCUUUUCAAAAAUUUAAAUAAAGAAAUCUAAGCUAAAUUUAACUUGAUAUAAGAUUAUUAAUUAGAAACUAAUCUUAAGUUUACGAGUAUCUUUUCAUAAAUUGAUUUAUUGAAUAACAAAUCAGAAAUAGCUGAUAAAAUCAAUACCAUAGAAGCAACUCUGAGUGAAAACAACAAACUACUGAAUAGUAAUAAAUUAGAUCUCUUAGAAAUGCAAAAGCAGUAUAGUGACGUAGAUUCUGAUCUAAUUAAAGUAUUUCAACAUAUUAAAACUUUGUUGUAAACUAAUUAUAAAAUAGACCUGAUGGAAUAAUCACUUAAUAAUUUGAAGUUACAAUUUACUCAAAUUAGAGAUUCUUUAAAUGAAGUAGAAGAUUUGGUUUCAAAAAUAUGA